UGGCUGCAUCAAUAUCUACAAAAAGGCAACCUUUGUACAGUGGCACAUCCACCUGAGUAAGCUUUGUUUGGUGGCGACGGGAUCUGACGGUUCGCUAGCUGCAUUCCUGCUCAGGGUCAUCCAGCUUGCCCUCUUCUGCCCCCUGGAGCUAUGGGCAACAGAUGGAACAACUGGUACCUCCCAGCAGCCCUGGUGAUUCUGAGCCUGUUCUCCCUCACGGCCUUGCUCCUCAUUGUGGUGGGAAUCCACAAUGUCACACUGCCUCCAGAGAAUAAGUACGGGCUGGUGUUUGAUGCGGGCUCAUCCCACACCUCGCUGUUCAUCUACGAGUGGCCAAUGGACAAAGAGAACAACACAGGCGUGGUCAGCCAAACCUUCUCCUGUCAUGUCAAUGGGAGCGGGAUAUCAAGUUAUGCCAAAAACCCUCCACAGGCCGGUGCCUCCCUCAAGGAAUGCCUGGAUGCUGCCAUGACCGUGAUCCCCCCAGAAAGGCAGCACGAGACGCCAGCUUAUCUGGGAGCCACAGCCGGCAUGAGACUGUUGAGAAUGGAGAAUGAGUCUGCAUCAAAACAAGUUCUGGAAGAAGUUGGCAAGACUAUCAGGCAGUAUCCUGUGAGUUUCCAAGGGGCUCAAAUCAUCAGUGGAAAGGACGAAGGUGCUUAUGGCUGGAUCACCAUCAACUAUCUGUUGGACUUCUUCACCAAGUAUUCUGCUAAAGACAGAGAAUGGAUUCACCCCCCUUCAACCAAUAUAUUGGGCGCAUUGGAUCUCGGAGGGGCAUCGACCCAGAUUAGCUUUGUUCCAGCUGGCCACAUCACUGAUCCAAACGAAGCCGCUCACUUCCGACUCUAUGGGUUUGAUUACACCAUCUAUACCCACAGCUACCUGUGCUAUGGUCAGAACCAAGCCUUCCAGCACCUGACCCGGAUUAUAAUCAAUUCAAGCUCAUCGGAUCGGAUCAAUAACCCUUGCUACCCAAAAGGCUACAUUUCAUCCUUCACAGCUGAGUCUGUCUAUAGCAGUCCGUGUGCCAAGCAAUCAAAGCCACCUCCAGCCUCGAAGAACUUCACUCUGGUGGGCACAGGCAAUGCCACCCUUUGCCGGGAAACCUUCAGGAGUAUUUUCAACUUCUCGAACUGCAAAUAUAAUAAAUCCUGUGGUUUAAACGGGGUCUACCAGCCUAAGGUCAACGGGAAAUUUCUGGCUUUUUCUGCCUAUUACUAUACCUUCAGUUUCCUGAACUUGACUGAAACUCAGCCACUGGCCACCGUUGAAGAUACUAUCGAGACGUUCUGUGCCAGGAAAUGGGACGAAUUGAAAUCCAGUUACUCCAGCGAGAAGGAGGAGCAUCUGAAAAACUACUGUGCUAGUGCCAACUACAUCCUUACUCUCCUGCUGGACGGUUACGGCUUUGGAACGGACACCUGGAACAACAUUGCCUUCCGGAUGCGGGCUGCCAACUCAGAAAUUGGCUGGACUCUGGGCUACAUGCUCAACCUCACCAACAUGAUCCCCUCAGAGGCCCCCCGACAGCUGAAAGGGCACGAGGAAGGGGUGUGGGUGGCCAGCAUUUUCUUCAUUGCCGCUGUGCUGGCAAUCUGUAUUGUCCUGCUGGUCGUGUAUUUACUGCGCUGAGAGAAAGGGGCUGCAUUUUGGACUGUUCACCUCCCCGCAGCCUCUGUGUGGGUUAGGGUGGGGCAGUCAGCUCACCAGCCCCUCAGCGGACCCACAAGCAAGCAAACACUAAAUGGAUUGGCGGGAGCCACCAAGCCAGACCAGCUUCAACUCUCUAAGACCCAAUGGGACAAACAUAGGCUACUUGCCCAACUAAUAAUGAUUAUGCCUCUUCUUUUCAAAAGUACAUGCAGUAUAUAAUUUAUUGUACCGCAAUCCCCCCUCCCCAGCAGUGUAUUAGCUAUGUAAACCAUAAAGUCCCUGGUUCGAAACUUA